AUGAGUUCUUCAUCAAGCUCUCGUGAACCUUCACCAUCUAUGAAACAAACUUUACCAAACGAUUAUGGAGCACCUAUUGAAUAUUUCUUACGAGCUGCACAAUGGCAAAGAGCAGUCUCACCAAGGUUAGGUGUUCCACCAGCUCCUGUCAAAAAUAGCAUUUGGUCAAGUCCUUAUAUAAGAUAUGGUCUCCCACUAGGUUUGCUAGCUACAGCAGGAGCAGUUAUGAUGUUGAAAAGAAAUAAAGCAAAUGUUGUAAAUAAUACUGAAGUAGCUGAAGUUAAACAAACUCCAACACCUUCGCCAAAACCACGUCAAAACCAACGCCUUCACAAGCAAAACCUUCAAUGA